GGAGGUAAAAUAAAUUCAAGCUUGCAUCUUUCAAAUUUUUUAUAUCUUUGUUACAUCAUUUUUAUUAUACUAUUUCACAAACAAAUCAUUUCAAGGUUAAACAUCACUACUCUCAUUCAAUCAUUUCUUGACAAGGGGUCUUUUUAAUUCACAAUCCCAUCUCGAAUUCACUCAUUUUUCUUCAAAUUCACUGUUUUUCAUCGACACCCAUCUCGAAAUCUUGGGUUCUUGAGUGUAAAGAUUGGAUUUUUAUUUGAUUUUUGAAUUGGGUCUGCGAGAUCUGAAGUUAUGAAGAAGAAUCUUGGUCUGGGUUUGCUUUAGUUUGGUGAUUCUUGGGGCUUGUUUGGUGGGUUUUGAUAAUUGCAGCUUAAUCAUGUCCACUGCUAAACGUGCUUACAAGCUGCAGGAAUUUGUAGCUCACUCUUCGAGCGUAAAUUGUCUCAAGAUUGGGAGGAAGACAUCGAGGGUUUUAGUAACAGGAGGAGAGGAUCACAAGGUUAAUCUUUGGGCGAUUGGCAAACCAAAUGCCAUUUUGAGCUUGUCAGGUCAUUCUAGCGGUAUUGAUUCUGUUAGUUUUGAUUCUACUGAAGUGUUGGUAGCUGCCGGGGCAGCGAGUGGUACAAUUAAGCUAUGGGAUCUUGAAGAGGCAAAAAUUGUUCGCACCCUUACUGGUCAUCGAUCGAACUGUAUAUCCUUGGACUUCCACCCAUUUGGUGAAUUUUUUGCUUCCGGAUCACUGGACACUAAUCUAAAGAUAUGGGAUAUUAGGCGGAAGGGGUGUAUUCACACCUACAAGGGCCACACAAGAGGGGUAAAUGCAAUCAGAUUUACCCCAGAUGGUCGUUGGGUCGUAUCUGGUGGAGAGGACAAUACAGUGAAGCUCUGGGACCUAACUGCCGGAAAGCUCUUACAUGAAUUCAAGAGUCAUGAAGGCCAGAUUCAAUGCAUAGAUUUUCAUCCUCAUGAGUUCUUACUUGCGACAGGUUCAGCUGACAGAACUGUUAAAUUUUGGGACCUUGAAACCUUUGAGCUAAUAGGAUCAGCUGGUCCGGAGACCUCUGGAGUACGCUCUAUGACUUUCAAUCCUGAUGGAAGAACCCUUCUUUGCGGUUUGCAUGAAAGUUUGAAGGUUUUUUCAUGGGAACCAAUUAGAAGUCAUGAUAGUGUGGAUGUUGGAUGGUCCAGAUUAUCUGAUCUGAAUAUUCACGAGGGGAAGCUACUUGGUUGUUCUUACAAUCAAAGUUGUGUUGGAGUAUGGGUUGUGGACAUAUCGCGCGUUGAACCAUAUGCAAUUGUUACUCCUCGAUCAAACAGUAUCCAAGGGACAAAAGCUAAUGUUAGUGGGAGCAUAUCAGUUCUGACAGAGAAUACUGCAAAGACUGGCACUGCGAGGCUGUCUGUUUCACAAAACUCUGAUUCUGUAAUGAAGGAAACAAAAGCUUUUGCUAGGCUUUCAGUGUCACAGAACUCCGAGCCCGUCCAAAAGGAGUCGAAAUCUUUUACAUCCACGGGAACUACACCCAGUACACCUCAACGAGUGAUUCCAAAUGCUGGACCAAAGCCAAGUACAGUUGGUUCGAUGGGCAUUCCUGCCGCAACAGCACCAAAUGUUGGGUCAAAAACAUCUUCAGUUAGUUCAUUGAGCAUUCCUGCUGUAACAGCUCCAAGGAAAAAUUUGCCAAAGAUCCAUGCAACACCCAACACUUCAUUUUUUAACAAGUCGGAUGGCGUAUCGGUAGUAGUUCCUAGAAACAGUGCAAGAUUGGACCAGGCAGCUGAAUUAAGGCGCGAAGGAAUUUCUGGAAAACCGUCCCUUACCAUGCAGUCAAGACCAUCAGCUUUUCGGAAAUAUGCAACUACUAAAGAUGAUCCAGAAAGGGCCAGUGUUUCAGGACAGUCUGAAACUGAAAUGUUCACAACCAAUGGGUUUAGUGGGCAUGAUAAAAGUACUUAUCCUUCUGUUCAGACAUCAUCAAUGGGAACUUCUGCAAGUACUUUAAAAGAUAAUAGAUCUUCUAUACAUUCUAAAUUUCAGAUGAAUCCGGUGACAGAGCCACCUAGCAGCUAUCCGCAUGAAAGCUAUGAGACUCGAACGCAUAGAAUAGAUCGAGAUGCUUCUUCUAUGGAAAAUCAACGAGGAGUACGGACACGUUCUCUUGUUGCAAACUGGGAGAAGAAAGAUAAAGCUCCCGGUCCUGAGAGCAAUCCAUCUGGUGCCGUUUCUUCUGUUAACACACUCCCAAUUAAUGUGGAAAUGGAGCCUGGCAACGAGGAAGAUACUAUUUCAGCUUUGAUGGAACCACAUAAUAAAUUUGUUGGCUCAUUGCAGUCUCGUCUAGCAAAAUUGGAGAUGGUCCACAAAUACUGGGAAAGAAAUGAUAUUAAAGGGGCCAUUGGAAUGACGCAGAAGAUGUCUGAUAAUGCUGUCCUUGCUGAUGUUGUUAGUAUAUUGACGGAAAAACCUGACAUUGUUACACUGGACAUAUGCACCUGUGUUUUGCCACUCCUUGCAAGCCUUCUUGAAAGUGAAAUGGAUUGGCAUCAAGGAGUUUCACUGGAAUUGCUGAUAAAGCUUGUCAGGGUCUUUGGUUCAGUGAUCUAUUCUUCUUUAUCUGCAUCAUCAUCCGUUGGUGUUGAUAUUGAGGCAGAACAAAGGCUUGAACGUUGCAAUUUAUGCUAUGUCGAGCUUGAAAGGGUCAAGCACUGUCUACCUGUCCUAACCAGAAAAGGGGGAACCAUAGCCAAAUCUGCCCAUGAAUUGAGUCUUGCACUUCAAGAAGUCUCAUAAGUGAAAUAGUGAUUGAUAUACAGACUACAUAAGGCGUGAUUGUUUGGAACUAACUUCUAAUCUGCUGAACUGAUCAUUUGAAUUGUUCAAUGCUUCCGUCUUGUCUGGAUAUGCACAGUUCCGGGCCUUUGUAAAUUCAAUGUAAGCUGAAGCAUUAACUACUGAUUCUUCUAAUUGACUCAAACUUGAAGCCAAGAGAUGACCUUAAAUUGACCUGAUGCCGGUUGAUUGAUUGGUUUUCGGCAUCAAUCAUCAACAGGCCUUUGAUGGAAGAGAAUCCAUUCGGAACUCUUCACUAUCUAACCCGAUAUCUAGCGCGUUGCUUGUAACUGUAGCUCCUUUGUUUCAGAUGUUGUAUCGAUUUUUUUUUAUAUAGUAAUACAAGCUGUUCUCGGUUGAAAGAC